AUGCUAACGAAUCAACUUAAGGAGAAGCAGAGGGAAUUUGACAGAAAAUUUGAAGAGUGCUUUAAUUUGGCUGACAAGUUACUGAAUCGAUACAAUGCAUGUGCACUUCUCUCCAGCUGCUCAGUUGGUUACCUUGUUAAUCUGUGGUUCUUGGUUGAAUGGCUUAGUUACGCUUUGAGACCUGAACAUAAUAUUUUGGGAACCAUGAACUCUUAUACUUUAGAUGACGGAAAGCUAAUUCGGGAAGUCUUAAAAAUGCCAGAAUUGAGGUUGGUUCCACAUGUCGGUUAUGUCAGCCUUUUCCCAUUUAUUGGGAGGAUCAUCCCUUCUGAAUCAUGGAUUCUGGAAAAGCAGCUUGACCUCAUGUCCAAUAGAAGCAUCCUGUGGACUGAUUAUGGCCUACGUUCUCUAGCCAAAACAAGUACUUUAUACAUGAAACGCAAUACAGAACACGACCCACCGUACUGGAGAGGCCCAAUUUGGAUGAACAUGAAUUACAUGAUACUCUCUGCACUCCACCAUUACUCCAGAGGUAUAAGCCGUAAUCAUAAUCUUGCUUUACUCAUAUCUGUUGCUGAAGGAUCCAGAAAGGGUAGAACCAGCAUAUUGUGCAUAUUGCGAUCCUCUGAUCAAUACCAAUAAACCCCUUUUGGUUCU